GACAGUCUAGAACCAGACCAAGUCGCCGACGACCUCAAUUCCAUGGACCUUAACGACAAGCCCAGUAACGACAAGUCAGAACCCAAGCCUAAGAUGCUCCCCGACUCGCGCUGGGCAAAGGAACAUCUAAUUUCCACGCACACCCCUCCUCUUUCCACCAAACCCAAUACCAAUCGCAACACUCCUCCUCAGCCCAGAACCCAAACGUCUAAGCAGCGCCGCAGGGGAAACAGAGGGCCAGUACGGCCGAAGAAAGAAAACGACGACCCCCACCGCGAAUACACGAUGCGGGUAAACAUGGACAUGGAUGAAUUCCAGCGCGAGGUCGAGGAGCUCGGGCUGAAGACUCUGAAGGAUUCUCGCUGGGCCUGAAUAGGCGAGGAAUGACGCGUGUUGAAACGAGCGCUGCGAACUUGUGUUUGGAAGGAGCGGAGGGUAGAAUUGUAGGAGUAUAGAGGAGGAAGGUGCG